CUACGUCAUAACCCCGCGCGGCGCACAGGGCUGCAGCUGAAGCAGAACUCUGAAGAUUUCAUGAUUUCUGGUGAAAUUUGGAUAACAGUCGGUGUUAAAGCUGACAUGUCGGAUUCAACUGAAGCUCCAACUCUCCAGGAACGAGUGGACCGUCUGAAGGAGCUCACAGAGUUCACUGAGAACUGUAAACAACAGAUACAGGAUAUAAUUCAAACGCUGGGAUGGUCUCAGGACCAACAAGACCAACAAGACCAGAACAAGGAAGUCCUGGAGCAGUGUCCCUUCGACCCUGACCACAGAGUCCCUGAGAGGAGCAUGGAGAAACACAAAGCCUUCUGCAGCCUCAGGAAGAUGGGAUACACAGCUGAGGAGCAGGAAGAGCUGGUGGACCCUGCCGUUUGUUACGAGAACACCAGUGUGAGAACCUUCACCAUGGACAAACCCACCCAGCACCAGGUGAUCCUGCAGGCCCGGUCUGCGGCUCCACUGAUGAGGAUGGAGGGAGUCUUCUGGCAAGGUGUGAGCUCAGACUGGGACAUGCUUAUAUGGAGCAUCCUAAUCACACACUCAGUAGAAACCCUCACAGUGCAGAUGAAAGACUGACCACUAGGUGUCACUACAGACUCAUUCUCAGCUAUCCUCUGUUAACACACAAGUUUAACUUGCCUCUUAACAUUA